GCGGAUGGACCACUACUUCACUUCGUUAAAUUUUGAUCGAGCGUUUGGUGCGCGUGGUGUGUGGUCGUGAAACGUGUUGUUAAGUUUUAAUUAAAUUGUUUAUAGUAACAUAAUUCAAAAUGAAGGGCGACAAGAAAGUAGAUCUUCAAGCCUUAAAAGAUAUGGCCAAUAAGCUGAGAAUCGACAGCAUCGUGGCUACAAAUGCAUCAAAAUCCGGCCACCCCACAUCAUGUGCGUCAAUGGCGGAGAUCAUGUCAGUGCUGUUCUUCCACACCAUGAAGUACAAAGUCUCUGCGCCCAGGGACCCAUCUGCAGACAGAUUUAUUCUUUCAAAGGGUCACGCAGCCCCAAUCCUAUACGCCGCCUGGGCAGAAGCUGGCCUCUUCCCCGUAGAGGAACUGAAGCAGCUCCGUCUAUUAAGCUCGGACCUGGAGGGGCACCCCACCCCGCGGCUGAGCUUCGUGGACGUGGGCACCGGCUCGCUGGGCCAGGGGCUCGCCGUCGCGGCCGGUAUGGCGUACGUGGGCAAAUAUUUCGACCAGGCACCGUACAGAGUAUACUGCCUGGUUGGUGACGGAGAGGCAGCCGAGGGCAGCGUGUGGGAAGCGCUGCACUUCGCCAGCCACUACAAGCUAGACAACCUUGUCGUCAUCUUCGAUAUCAACCGCCUGGGCCAGUCUGAACCUACCUCGCUGCAGCAUCAGAUGGACGUAUACGACGCGCGUGUCAAGUCCUUCGGCUUCCAUUCCCUCGUGGUAGACGGCCACGAUGUCUCCGAGCUGGUGAAAGCUUUCGAUGAAGCGGCCACAGUGAGCGGCAAGCCGACCGCUGUUCUGGCCAAGACUUACAAGGGCAAGGGCUUCCCCAACAUCGAGGACAAGGAUAACUGGCACGGGAAGGCGCUGGGUGCUGAUGGGGAGAAGAUUAUCAAGCACCUCCAAUCCCAAAUCAAGAACGCGUCUCUGAGCCUGAAGCCGGCCGCACCCGUGGCCCAAGCCCCGCAGGUGCACAUCGGGGACAUCACCCUGUCCUCCCCGCCUGCAUACAAGCUGGGGGAACUCGUGGCCACCAGACUGGCUUAUGGAACUGGUCUAAAGAAGAUCGCUGAUACCAACAUGAGAGUGAUUGCAAUGGACGGUGACACGAAGAACUCUACAUUCAGUGACAAGCUGAGAGCUGCUUACCCCGAAAGGUACGUGGAGUGCUUCAUCGCGGAGCAGACGCUGGUGGGCGCGGCCACGGGCGCCGCGUGCCGCGACCGCGCCGUCGUCUUCGCCUCCACCUUCGCCGCCUUCUUCACGCGCACCUUCGACCAGAUCCGCAUGGGCGCCAUCAGCCAGUCGAACAUAAACCUGGCGGGCUCGCACUGCGGCGUCAGCAUCGGCGAGGACGGGCCCUCGCAGAUGGGGCUCGAGGACCUCGCGCUCUUCCGCGCCGUGCCCACCGCCACCGUCUUCUACCCCAGCGACGCGGUGUCGACGGAGCGCGCGGUGGAGCUGGCGGCCAACACGCGCGGCGUGUGCUACCUGCGCACCUCGCGCCCCAACACGCCCGUCAUCUACCCCAACGACGCCGUCUUCAAGGUGGGAGAGGCGAAGGUGGUGCGCGAGUCGGGCAAGGACAGCGUGCUGCUGGUGGGCGCCGGCGUCACGCUGCACGAGGCGCUCGCCGCCGCCGCGCUGCUGCAGCAGGACGGUAUUGAGGCGCGGGUGCUGGACCCGUUCACCAUCAAGCCGCUGGACGAGGCGGCCGUGGUGCGGCACGCGCGGGCCGUCGGCGGCCGGGUGGUGGUGGUCGAGGACCACUACCAGGCUGGUGGUAUCGGCGAGGCCGUGCUGUCGGCGCUGGCGCUGGAGCGCAACGUGGUGGUGCAGCAGCUGUGCGUGCGCGAGGUGCCGCGCUCGGGCGCGCCGCAAGCGCUGCUCGACAAGUACGGCAUCUCCGCGCCGCACAUCGUCGCCGCCGCCAAGAAGAUUCUCACCGUUUAG